UGUCAAACAUAGUUGACAUGAGUCAGUCCUUUCACAAGAAUAGUAGAAAGUUGUUGUUUAUCGCCGGUUAUAAUAGGUUUUCUUUUUGUAUUUUGGUGUUUUUGUAAUAGCUUGUGUACAUUGAUUGUAGAAUAAUAUCUGUUCCAUGUAUCAUUAUUUACUCAAGUAUCGAUGCAACCGUGUAAACAACAUUUACUAUUUAUUUAAUAACAAUUAUUAUCUUAUACAAAUAGCAUCUGUGUACUGUGCUUGAAUGAUAUCUCUUUUGAUAACAAUAUAGGGAGAGUAUAUCACUUUGUAAUAAAACUUUAUCAUUUUAAGCGUUUCCGAUACAUGUAGAUGCAGCUACUUGUAAUAUAGAAAGUGAUAAAGUUAGUUUAAAAAAAAACAUACAAUCAUUAUUUAAAAUGAAACCAAUCAUUAUUGUACACGGCGGAGCUGGGGAUAUUCCCCAGAAUAGGGUGCAAGGUAAAUUAGAUGGGAUGAGAGUAGCUGUAUCUAUCGGCCACGAAGUUUUAGAAAGGGGUGGGAGCGCUCUCGAGGGCGUUGAGGCUGCCGUUGUUUCUAUGGAGUUGGAUGAGAACUUUAAUGCAGGCUACGGCUCUGUUUUAAAUCUUCGUGGUGAGGUGGAGAUGGAAGCUAGCAUAAUGUGCGGUAAAAACUUAGACGUUGGUGCUGUUACUCUGAUUAAAGAUUUUUUGCACCCAAUUAGCAUUGCACAUAAAGUUUUGACUGAUUCCCCUCACAGUCUACUUGGCGCUGAAGGUGCUAAAUUGUUCGCACUGGAAAAGGGUUUUGAAACUGUGCCACCAGAAUCGCUCAUAUCGGAAAACGCGAAAGCUGCUUUACAAAGAAUAUUGAAAGACGGUAACUAUACCAGGACUGAAAUUGGAGUCGCAGAUGAGGGCGGCGUAGGAACAGUUGGAGCUGUAGCUAUUGACGCUGAAGGUCACGUAGCUGUUGCCACCAGCACUGGAGGCAUGAGUGGAAAAGCUGUUGGCCGAAUUGGUGACACACCACAAAUCGGCAGUGGUACUUAUGCCGAUGACAACGUAGGCGGCGUAUCAACUACAGGACACGGAGAGACAAUUCUUAAAUUCUGCCUGGCUCAUAGCAUAAUUAACAAAAUGAGAGACGGAACUCCUGCUGAUGUAGCUACGCGAAACGCUGUCAACGAAAUGACUGCUCGCUUGAAGAAUACUGCUGGCGCUAUAACUUUGUCAAAAAAUGGAGAUGUUGGAGUCCACUUUUCGUCAAACCGAAUGUCAUGGGCAUAUAUUAAAGAUGGUUCAAUAUUUUAUGGCAUUGAACCUGGACAAGUGCUUGUAGACAAAUAUUGCCCAGAUUCCAAGUAAAUGUACAUGGUUUUAUUUUUAUAUUACCUAAUAUACAAUAAGGCAACUCUUGAAUAUAUGUGUAUUUAAAAA